CCAAAGUGUACAUAACCUAGCCCCCGAUUGGGGCGCAUCUAACCUAAACCUGUCCACGUUGCUCCCCUGCACCUAUAAUCUCUCCAACUCCAACGAAACCGAAAGAAACCAAAAAAGUGAUUGAUUGAUCGUGGAAAUUGUCCUCGACUUGAUGGGACUGGAGUUUGCUGAAAUCCUAAGCCCACCGCUAGUAACCCAUGACAGAGAGGGAAACUAGAGACGCCAAUAUGAUUUCGGCGAUGUUGGGUAACCACUGAACUUCGGGAAAAUCACUGCACAUCCUGGGUCCGCUUGCCAACGCGUUGAGCCAUGAAAGCGUUUUUAAACACCCAAAUAGGCUACUAACCUUUUGGAUACAAUGUACACAGCCCGAUCACGAAUAACUCCCGCAGCUCCUGCUGGCUCCCGAGGACACGGAUUUGCUUGUCUGAAGAUCAUCCUAUAGAAAAUGAUAAAUGUAUGUGAACGGGCCUGUGCUCCGUAGCGUCGUGGUGUUUCUGCUGUUGGGUGUCUCCUACAGUAAGCGCAGGUGCAACUACACGGAUAUACUCAGCACGUACAGAGAACUAAUCUUCGUUGAACUUCAGAAUUUGAAUCUGACAGGCACUUUUGACACACCCAAAGAGAGGGACCAUUGUCCCUCAGGAAAGCUGCAGCACGUGUUGCGCUCCAUCCAUGGUAUGACGGAGCAGUUCCUGUGCCAGGGCUGGGACCAGGGACACGGGCGGGGCAGCAGACAGCAGAGGGGCAUGAAGAAGCCAGUGGAGAUGAUGGCAGUGCUGAUCAGACAGAACUGCAGGCACACUGACCUGGUGAGGAGACAGAAGAGAACAGCGCCGUGUGUGACUGCCCAGAGGACGAAGGGAAAGAAUAGGACGAGGAUGAGACUCAUCAGGGCACUGAUAAACUGUUGGCAGAAGCUGCAGAGUUUGUACACACCCACAAAAUAAUUUGAAAAAAAAGUUAUAUUUUUAUCAAAAUUGUUUGAAAAAAGCAUUUAUGGAUUGUGUUUGGUUCUUAUUUGGUAGAGUAGAAUGACAGUUUGUAUGUCAGGAAUGGCCCUCUGUUUAUGACCUUUUACUUCUUGUCUGUACAGUCCCACAUGUAUAAGCUAUAGGUCACCAUAGAUCAGGGAUGGGCCACUUUGAUGUGGGCCGGGGCCACAAAGAAAACAAACUGAUCAUGCUUACUAUAAGUUUAGAUAGCUAGCCGCUAGACUAACUUGCCAAUCUAAAAAUGUUUUAAAGACUUGGGCUAAUUAAGUGACUGCUGAUGCACAACCACAUGUCGAAAUUGCACCUUGUGUAAUCUAUUAUUCUAACUCUUAUCAGUAAGUUGAGACCCGACUGAGUUGCCCCAUUAAUUAUGGUUGUUAGAGGAUGGUUUUACAAUGCAGUGAAAAUAUUUACUUGUAAUACCUUGGUGCACACACAUUUUAUAACUCUUAGCUAUCUCACAAUCCAGAUAUUGUUUUUGUGAAACCGAUAGAUACAUUUGCUGUUCUAUGAAAUGUAUUCAAGAUGCCCACUGAUAAAGGUUUCAUAAACUGCA